AUGGGGUUUGGCCGGCAGCCGGUAGCUGCUGACGCGUACCCGGCAUCGCCGCUCGGCAGAAGCGUGACGAGAGGGUUCGCCGUGGAGCUCUAUUUCGACACGGCCCUGGAGAACCAGAUACUCAGGAUUUGGAAUGUGCUGGCAAGGCGAAGGCUGGGGAGCUACCUGAUAGAGACAUCCGCCAGGCCGCAUGUCAGUCUCUCGCUCCACACCCCAUCUGAUCUGGAACCUUCCAAGCUUCGCACAGCCAUAGAGAAUUUCGCGCAGCAGCAGCACCCCAUUCCAGUCGCCUUGGCCGCGGUUGGGAGCUUCCCCGCAGCUCCCGUGCCACGACCCGCCUUCUCUCCCACCGCGGUCAACAGCACCAGCCAUGCCUCGGCAGGGAAUAACUCUGUAACGAGUACAGAUGGCGGGAAUAGCAGCAGCACCAGCAGUCCAGGCGCACGUGCUUCGAGUGCUGCUGCUGCUACUGGUGUUGGUGGUGGUGCUGGUGCUACGGGUGUUUCGAGCCCAAAUUCUCACCCUGGGGGAAACAUUGCAGCUGCUUCCGCCACAACCACGAGCAGCAAUAGCAGCAGCAGCAGCAGCAUCCAAUCAGUCGAUCCCACUCGCACAAGCAACUGGGGUACUGCUGCUGCCGCAAAUGCUGCUGAGGGUUCCAAAGCAGCACCGGUAGCAACCAGUGCAUUGUUUCUGGCUCCAGUUCCUUCUAUUGUCCUGCUCACACUGCACGAGCAACUGCAGGAGCUUCUGAAGAGACUAGCCAUUCCGUGCGACCCCAAUUACCUGCCCGGAUCCUGGCUGCCCGUCUGCCACGUCGCUCAAGAACUGCAAGAAGAAAAACUUCCCAGUAGUUUGCACACUGUUCGAUCCCAGAAGCUGCCACUUUCUGGGCACCUUUGUGAAAUAGGCCUUGUGGAGUUUGUCCCAUCUGGUGCUGGUGCUGACUCACGCCAGCUCAGCACCAGCAAGGAGUAUGGUGGGAUGGCCGGGGUUGCUGUGAUUGGUAGUGGUGACGGAGAGAAGGGAUGGGGGAGGGAGAAGGAAGGUGGGAUGGUGCAGGGACGCGUGAUCGAGCACUACUCCUUCACUCUUGGAGGGGACUUCAUGUGA